AUGGCCGAGAAGACCCAGACCAACGGCGCUGGCAACGCUGACAUGCCACCGGCCUAUGAGGCGCAGCCCAGGCCUGAUGCUACCCCAGCCGCUCCUGAGACACUCGAGGUCACUCAGCCGGCUCAAUCACAGUCUGAACCUGCGACAGCUGGCGUCAACCAGCAAGGUCCGACACAGUCUGCUAGUCCAAUGCAUCCAGAGAAGGCCCACCAUCCCAUGGGUACACCAGGCAUACCAGGCCAUCCGAAUCCGAAUGCAGAGAUUUUCUACGAGGCCCAGGUCGUCACGCCCCUCCACCAGCUGACGGACACGCCCUUGUGGAUCAACUGCCCGUUCUGCAACAAGCGGACCAAGACACAGAGCUCGGUGGAGGGCACUGCGAUGCAGAUACUCUCAAGUGUCUUAUGCUGCCUCAUCUGCGUACCUCUGGUCUGUCUGCCGUGCGUGUGUCACUGGUUCGAGGAGACCAACAUCUUCUGCUCGGCCUGCAGGAACAGAGUCGCUGUGAUCUCUGAUGGCGACUACGGAACGCCCACGGAAGCCGCUGUGCAGAAGAUGCGACAGCAGGGGACUCUACCGACGCCAACGCAAGGUCCGCAACCGGCUACCCACAAAUAG